UUACAUCACUUCCUCUAUAAAUACCCUUUCCCGUCCGUUCUUUCUCUACACUCAAAUCAACUUUCCCCCUCUGCUUUCUCUUUCUCUAAAAACUCUCUCUUGAUUUGUUCCUUCUCUUGACUUACAUUCUCCUCUCGCAUUCCACUAAGUUAAGUAGUGGUUUGAUUAGUUAUCAAGAUGCCGGAAGCUCCAGCGAAUGACACAGCGUCAGAGUAUGUUGUGGUUGAUAAGAGUAAGAUAGCACUUGAAUUCAUCGAAAAUGUCACAACAAAUGCUGAUGAAGUUCAAAAGAAAGUGCUUGGUGAAAUUCUUUCCCGAAGUUCUCAUGUCGAGUACUUACAGAGAUACGAUCUCAAGGGACGUGUCGAUCGUGAGACUUUUAAGAAGAUUAUUCCUGUCAUAACUUAUGAAGAUCUUCAACCUGAUAUCAAUCGUAUUGCUAAUGGUGAUACUUCUCCUAUUCUCUGUGGACAACCCAUUUCUGAAUUCUUGACUAGUUCUGGGACUUCAGCAGGAGAAAGAAAAAUAAUGCCAACAAUUGAAGAAGAAUUAAACAGAAGAUCUCUACUUUACAGUCUCUUAAUGCCAGUAAUGAAUGAAUAUGUUCCCGGUCUUGACAAAGGCAAAGGAAUGUAUUUUCUGUUCAUCAAGUCUGAAGCUAAAACACCAAGUGGAUUGGUUGCUAGACCAGUUCUAACCAGUUACUACAAGAGCUCACAUUUCAAAAACAGACCUUAUGAUCCAUACACCAAUUACACUAGCCCAAAUGAAACCAUUCUCUGUCCUGAUUCUUACCAAAGCAUGUAUUCCCAAUUACUCUGUGGUCUUUACCAAAACAAAGAAGUUCUUCGAGUUGGUGCUGUUUUCGCUUCCGGGUUCAUCCGAGCAAUUCGAUUCCUUGAAAAACAUUGGACUUCUCUCUGUAAUGAUAUCCGAAACGGAACCAUUGAUUCCCAAAUUACUGAUCCAUCUGUGAGAGAAGCUGUUCUGGCAAUACUCAAACCAAACCCAAAACUAGCUGAUUUUAUUCAAGAGGAAUGCAGCAAGGAUUCAUGGAAAGGGAUCAUAACCAGGUUAUGGCCUAAUACUAAGUAUAUUGAUGUUAUAGUUACUGGAACUAUGUCUCAGUAUAUUCCAACUCUGAAUUACUACAGUAACGGCCUACCAUUAGUUUGUACCAUGUAUGCAUCUUCUGAGUGCUACUUCGGUUUGAACCUUCAACCUCUUUGUGAUCCUAGUGAAGUUUCUUACACACUCAUUCCUACCAUGGCCUACUUCGAGUUCUUGCCUGCUCAUAGAAACAAUGGAGUUAGCACUAAACCAAAAUCUCUCACUGAGAAGGAGCGGAAGGAAUUGGUUGACCUUGUUGAUGUCAAACUCGGUCAAGAAUAUGAGCUUAUUGUCACCACCUACGCCGGUCUUUACCGCUACAGAGUUGGCGAUGUUCUUAGAGUUACUGGGUUCAAGAACAAGGCACCACAAUUCAGCUUUGUUUGCCGGAAAAAUGUUGUUCUAAGUAUCGAUUCUGAUAAAACCGAUGAGGUCGAGUUGCAAAACGCGGUGAUAAAUGCUGUUAAUCAUCUAGUUCCAUUUGAUUCGUCUCUAGUUGAGUACACAAGCUAUGCUGACACUUCAACUAUCCCGGGGCACUACGUUUUAUACUGGGAACUUCGUCACGAUGGUACAACUCCAAUUCCUCCAUCAGUUUUCGAAGAUUGUUGUCUAACAAUGGAAGAAUCUCUCAACAGCGUUUACCGUCAAGGCCGUGUUUCCGACAAAUCAAUUGGGCCUUUAGAAAUAAAGAUCGUCGAGUCUGGAACUUUCGAUAAACUCAUGGAUUAUGCCAUUAGCCGCGGCGCGUCGAUAAACCAGUAUAAAACACCUCGCUGUGUUAAAUUUCAACCCAUUGUUGAGCUCAUGAAUUCAAGGGUGGUCGAAAGUUAUUUCAGUCCUAAAUGCCCAAAAUGGAUCGUUGGCCUUCAGCAAUGGCGCAACCAAAACUGAAGAAAGGGAACAAAGAAGUAGAGAGUCAGAACUGAGAGCAUUUAUCUAGAACUACUGCUGUAUCUGUUUAAUUGGUAUAUUUUGGAUGGAGUUCGAAGGGAACAAAGCUGUUUCUAUGAUCAUCUAGAGAGAAACAAAUCCCACUUAGAUUAACCCCUUUUUUUUCUUUCUUUUUUUCGUUUUUAGACGUCUUUUAAGAUGUGGUAGACUUGAAUAGAUCUUUGAUCCGUGUACACAAAGUUCUUGUUAGAUUCAUCUAAGGAAGUUUUAAUUAAAUUUAUCUCAUUUCACUUUCUUAA